AUGCCAGCUAACAGUCCAAGAUGUACAAAAAGAAUAUUGCUAUCUGACCUUAACAGGAUUUUGGAUCCUCUGGUUUUUUUGACACCUUCACUCACUAAAGGUAAAAUAUUCCUGCAACAACUGUGGCAAAUAAAGAUAGAUUGGGACCAUCCAAUUCCAGACGAAAUAAGGGAGAAGUGGCUCCGAUUCUACAAUCAGUUCGAGGAACUCGGAGCGUUAACGAUUCCUAGGAAGUGCAAGCCAGUCAUGAGCGAUCAUAUUGAGGUGCAUAGGUUUUGUGACGCUUCUGAAGAAGCUUAUGAUGCAUGCAUAUAUGUGAGAAGUAAAGACAAGAAUGGGCAGUGGUGUUCAUGGCUAUUAUGUUCAAAAUCAAGAGUAGCACCAGUCAAGGGAGCUACAAUACCGCGUUUAGAACUUGGAGGCGCUCUGGUGUUAGCACUGUUGGCAGAAAAAGUAGCAGCAGCAUGGGAAUUGGAUGUCAAGGAUUUCCACCUCUGGACAGAUUCUACGGUGGCAUUGGGUUGGAUCCAAAGUGAAGCAACUAGAUUUAAAACCUACGUCGCGAAUCGCGUAGAUCAAAUACUUGAGCUGACCAAUGCACAACAAUGGAGGCAUGUAGGGACUGCAGAAAAUCCAGCUGACAUACUAUACAGAGGAUGGUUGAGCCACAGCAAUGAUGGUUGGGAGCAUUCGUUCACCACACUACCAGACGAAGAAACAUUACCAGAAAGACGAGUGGUUAAGCUCACACUCACCACGAUGGAUCAGUCAAUCGGAAUUAUCGAACACUACUCAAGUUGGCGUCGACUAGUGAGAGAUGUUGCCUGGUUUCUUAAGUUUAUAGAUUUCCGAAGACCAAGGCAGAUUGGUACUACAGCACGGUAUUUAAGUGUAUCGUAUUUAAAUAAAGCCGAAACUAGUUUAAUAAGGCAAGCACAGUUACAAGAAUUCAAUGAAGAAUAUAUCUCGCUGAGCAAAAACAAGGAAGUAUCAGGGCGUAGUAAAUUAAAGGGACUACAUCCGAUGCUCCAAAGUGAAAACUUAAUACUAGUUGGAGGACGGCUGGCCAACGCCCAAAUUGCAGAAAAUCAAAAGCAUCCUAUUGUGUUACCUGCAACCCACAAAAUUACCAGGCUAAUUUUCGAAGACACUCACCAGACACUUUUUCACUGCGGGCCUCAAGCAUUACUAGCAGAGGUUAGACAAAGAUACUGGCAAAUCAGAGGUAGAAGCAUGGCUCGUUCUGUCACGAAACGCUGUGUGACCUGCGUUCGAGCAAGACCAAGAUUUGUAUCUCCUCUAAUGGCUCCGUUACCAAAACAACGCUUAAUCCCUACUAGACCAUUUGCUGUCAGCGGUGUAGAAUUUGCCGGGCCUUUAAUGAUAAGAAGUGGAAUACGGAGACAAACAGGAAAAAGGCAUGGAUUGCAGUCUUCAUAUGUCUCUCCACAAGGGCCAUUCACCUAG